AUGCCCCCACUCGAGCCCAGCACCCCUACUGCAAAAACAGUCCCAGAGCAACACAACGUAGCUGACGCACAACACGUCGCCAAGGUUGCCAGGUCGGAGAAGGUAGAUCCCAGAAGCAGGGCGCCCGCCUCGGGGCAGGGCAGCCACGGGAAAGGCGCCUACCAGGACCGCAACAAGCCGGCCCAGAUCUGCUUCAGCAACAUUUCCGCCGCCAAAGCGGUUGCUGAUGCCAUUAGGACAAGCCUUGGACCGAAAGGAAUGUACAAAAUGAUUCAAGAUGGAAAAGGUGGUGUGACCAUUACAAAUGGCAGUGCCACCAUUCUGAAACAAAUGCAAGUAUUGCACCCAGCAGCCAGAAUGCUGGUGGAGCUGUCUAAAGCUCAAGACAUAGAAGCAGGGGAUGGGACCACGUCGGUUGUCAUCAUUGCUGACUGUCUCGUAGACUCCUGUACCAAGCUUCUGCAGAAAGGUAUACAUCCAACCAUCAUUUCUGAGUCAUUCCAAAAAGCUUUGGAAAGGGGUCUUGAAACCCUUAAUGACAUGUCUCGACCUGUACAACUGAGCGACAGAGAAACCUUGUUAAAUAGAACGACCACUUCGUUGAAUUCAAAGGUUGUCUCUCAGUAUUCAAGUUUACUCUCUCCAAUGAGUGUCAAUGCAGUGAUGAAAGUGAUUGACCCAGCCACAGCUACCAGUGUAGAUCUUAGAGAUAUUAAAAUAGUGGAGAAGCUUGGUGGGACAAUAGAUGACUGUGAGCUGGUAGAAGGGCUCGUUCUCACCCAGAAAGUGGCAAAUUCUGGCAUCUCAAGAGUGGAGAAGGCCAAGAUUGGGCUUAUUCAGUUUUGCUUAUCUGCUCCUAAAACAGAUAAGGAUAAUCAGAUAGUAGUGUCUGACUAUGCCCAGAUGGAUCGAGUGCUCCGAGAAGAGAGAGCCUAUAUUUUAAAUUUGGUGAAGCAGAUUAAGAAAACAGGAUACAAUGUCCUGCUCAUACAGAAGUCUAUCCUAAGAGAUGCGCUUAGUGAUCUUGCAUUACAUUUUCUGAAUAAGAUGAAGAUUAUGGUGGUUAAGGACAUUGAAAGAGAAGACGUUGAGUUCAUUUGUAAGACAAUUGGAACCAAACCAGUUGCUCAUAUUGACCAGUUCACUGCUGACAUGCUGGGUUCUGCUGAAUUAGCAGAGGAAGUCAAUUUAAAUGGUUCUGGAAAACUGUUCAAGAUAACAGGUUGUGCAAGCCCAGGCAAAACAGUUACAAUUGUCGUGUGUGGUUCUAACAAACUGGUGAUUGAAGAAGCUGAGCGCUCCAUUCAUGAUGCUCUCUGUGUUAUUCGCUGCCUAAUUAAGAGAGAGAGAGAGAGAGAGAGAGAGAGAGAGAGAGAGAGAGCUCUUAUUGCAGGAGGUGAUGCUCCAGAAAUAGAGUUGGCCCUGAGACUGCUCAUGAGUACUGAGUACUCAUGAACACUGAGUGAUAUGGAAUCCUACUGUGUUCAUGCUUUCACAGAUGCCAUGGAAGUCAUUCCAUCUACACUAGCUGAAAAUGCUGGCCUGAAUCCCGUUUUUACGGUAAUGGAACUAAGAAACAGACAUGCCCAAGGAGAAAAAACUACAGGCAUUAAUGUCCAAAAGGGUGGAAUUUCCAACAUUUUGGAGGAAAUGAUUGUCCAGCCUCUGUUGGUGUCAGUCAGUGCUUUGACCCUAACAACUGAAACCAUCCAGAGCAUUCUGAAAAUAGAUUAUGUGGUAAAUACUCAAUAA